AUGUCAUCGGAUGGAGAAUUUACAAGAACUCAAAUCUUUGGUACAGUCUUUGAAAUAACAAAUAGAUAUACCGACCUAAACCCAGUUGGUAUGGGUGCAUUUGGUUUGGUGUGCUCUGCUGUCGAUAGAUUAACUGGCCAAAAUGUUGCCGUUAAAAAAAUCAUGAAACCAUUUCUGACUUCAGUAUUAGCCAAAAGAACAUAUAGAGAAUUGAAAUUAUUGAAACAUUUGAAACAUGAAAAUUUAAUUACUUUAGAUGAUAUUUUUAUAUCUCCUUUAGAAGAUAUCUAUUUUGUUAAUGAAUUGCAAGGUACUGAUUUACAUAGACUAUUAAGUUCAAGACCUUUGGAAAAACAAUUUAUACAAUAUUUUACUUAUCAAAUCUUGAGAGGUUUAAAAUAUAUUCAUUCUGCUGGGGUGAUUCAUCGUGAUUUGAAACCUUCUAAUAUUUUAAUUAAUGAAAAUUGUGAUUUGAAAAUUUGUGAUUUUGGUUUAGCAAGACUUCAAGAUCCUCAAAUGACUGGGUAUGUUUCAACUAGAUAUUAUCGUGCCCCAGAAAUUAUGUUGACAUGGCAAAAAUAUGACACAGAAGUUGAUAUCUGGUCGGUAGGAUGUAUAUUGUCAGAAAUGAUUGAAGGUAAACCAUUGUUUCCAGGAAAAGAUCAUGUUCAUCAAUUCUCCAUUAUAACUGAAUUAUUAGGUUCCCCUCCACCAGAUGUUAUCGAUACCAUUUGUUCCGAAAAUACUUUAAGAUUUGUCCAAUCCUUACCUCACAGAGAUCCAAUUCCAUUUAGUGAAAGAUUUGCUUCAUGUACUCAUGUUGAACCAGAAGCUAUUGAUUUAUUAGCUAAGAUGUUGGUGUUUGAUCCAAAAAAGAGAAUUAGUGCUGCCGAAGCCUUGACUCAUCCAUACAUGGAACCAUAUCAUGAUCCAACUGAUGAACCUUCAUGUGAGAGUAAAUUUGAUUGGAGUUUCAAUGAUGCAGAUUUGCCAGUGGAUACUUGGAGAGUUAUGAUGUAUAGUGAAAUUUUAGAUUUCCAUCAAAAUGUUGGCAGUGUUUCAAACAAUUUCGAUGGUGCUGAACAACAACCAGUUCAUACAGAAGAUAUUACUGGUGCUUCAGCAGUUGCAUCAAAUGGAGAUCAAUUCCAACCACAAACACAACAACCACAAGAGCAAAAGAUUUAG